CCGUUUUUCGCUUAAUCGAUUUCUAACCCCCUUAAAAAAUGAGUGAAUUUACAACAGAACCACAAUAUGCCGAUGAUCCCAUCAAGGUGGAACUUGGACAUGAAUUACCCAACUUUGACGCGCAUGUGAAUAAAGAAUGGGAUGCACAAAUGGAGUUGGCGCUCCUUAAUGCUAUAUCGCGCUGCAAGCCAGUGGGUGAGUUUUUUUCUUUUUUUUUCUUUAAAAAAAUAUAUGAAGGCUAAAAGUAAAAGAAAAGGGAUUCAUAAGCACUUUAGGAUUAUCAGUGUGCAGAAACAGUUCAAUCAACAUAGUCCAGUGAGGUGUAGUAUAAAAGAGAUCUGGCAAAGAUUAGGCGAGUUUUAUGGCAUGUCAGCGUUGGAUGAGUUGGAAGAAGAGGAUGAGGAACAAGAGUCAGAGGCAGAGGAAGAAGAAAAGAAGAGACAUGAAUUUAGUUUACCGUUAGAGGAAUAUGAACAAUUGAUAUCUGAGCAUCGACAGGAUGAUCAAUCAUCAGUGCAUGAAGAAGAGGAAGAGGAAAAUUCACCCGCUAUUCCGCCCGCUAAAAGAACGCGUACUAGUAAAAGAGAACAUUCACCUGCCAACUCGGUUGCUGAAUCCAUGACUUCUACACCCGAACCUGAAGAAAAAUCUUCAAGAAGAACGUCAAGAGGUACACGGAAGUCGGAAUACACACCAGAACCCUCAACACCUAAUAGUCAGCGUAGUUAUCACACGACCAGUCGAAGAACGGGUAGAUCAUCCAGUGCUACCAUCCAAAGGGGUAACAAAAGACAGACAAACAAACGCAAAUAAAUAAUAAAAAAAUACAUUAAGCGCCAUGUGAAGAUCAGACUUUUUAAUUGGCUGCUAAACGAAGCGUUUCUAUCUAAUGCCAACAAUUGGGGGCCGCUUAUGGGACCGAAAAAAAAUAUUUUUCUUUUAUUUUUUUUUACCUGUUCCUAUAAAUCUGAUGAUUUUUUGAAGGACCGAUAUCCCUUACAUAUAUAAAGAAAGAUAGCUUUUCCCCUUU